UCAACCGCACGGUUACACCAGCGAGAGGCAUCUCUCCUCCGCCGCCGCCGCCGCCGCCGCGUUCUCAGGGCCUAAAGCAACAGGAUAAAGUCCGAGGCGAGGAAAGCAGGACGCAGCCCUGCGAGGCAAAAGGUUAUUCGUCAUCAACCAUGAGGCUUUCACAUGUGAUUCUGUGUGUCACCGCGGCCCACGUUGUUUCAGGUAUGAGUUUCAUGACUCCUGAGUCUGAUACUCCGACAACAUCAACCCCACACUCACUGGGUGACCUGAUCCAUGCUGCCCUGCAAAGUAAGGAGUACUUAGGACAGGCUUCAGCAGGUACUACUACCAACCCGACGCAGGCUGUGCCUCAGGUUGGACAGAUGGAGCCUAAAGCAACAGUCAUGUCUCCGGGGCUGCUCACCACAGCUUUAAGCUCCUGGUCUGCAGCCAGCCAGGCAGGUGUGAGGAAUGCAAUGUCCUCACUGCCUAUGGAGGAGGAGACAACUACCACUUUGAUCACCACCACCACCAUAACCACAAUGCACAUGCCAGUACAAUGCAAUGCUACUUUGUCAGCAGUGGAGGAUAUUGUGGAGUCACCUGAUCCUGUGGCAUCAUCAUCUGUUUCCCCUUUGGAGUGCAGCUACAGCAUUACUGUGUAUGCAGGUUAUGGUGUAGAAAUUCAGGUGAGGAAGGUUGAUCUGUCUAAGGAAGAAUCUCUGACCAUCAUGGGGUAUGGAGGCUUGAGAGGACCAGAAUUAUUGGCUAAUGAAACUCUGAUAAGAGAGGGUCAAGUGAUUCGCAGUUCAACCAAUCAGGUGUACAUUCACUAUCGUAGCCUCCGACAGAACAACCACGGCAUGUUCAGCCUCCACUAUCAAGCUUUUCUGCUGUCCUGCCCGUUCCCUCUGUCUCCUGAGGGUGGCGGUGUAACAGUGACAGAUAUCCAUCCUGGAGGUCAGGCACACUUCCAUUGUGAUCCAGGUUUCCAGGUUCGCGGCCACGAGGUGGCAACCUGUGUCAACACAACACAGCCACGCUGGAGCACUCCUGAGCCACAAUGUGUUGCUGUAUCUUGCGGUGGGUGGAUUCGUAAUGCCACAGUGGGGCGGAUUCUGUCUCCAACUCCUCCAGUUGUCAGCAACCACAGCAGUGGAAACAACCUGAGCUGCCACUGGUUAAUAGAAGCCAAAGAGGGACACAGACUCCACCUGCACUUUGAAAGGAUGGCACUGGACGAAGAUGAUGAUAAGUUAAUAGUGCGCAAUGGAAACAGCUCCUUGUCUCCGCAACUAUUUGACUCAGACAUGGAUGACGUCCCAGAACGUGGGCUGCUGAGUGAGGGCGCCACGCUGUACCUUGAGCUCACGUCUGAUUCUUCGUCUAUCCCACUGCUUCUGGCACUACGGUAUGAGGCGUUUGAUGACGAACAUUGCUGGGAGCCCUACAUGCCUCAUGGGAAUUUCAGCAGCAGUGACAUCACAUAUCAGCUGGGCACCACGGUAACCUUUGCCUGCUCUCCUGGCUUUGUGAUGGAACAAGGCUCAGGCACUAUUGAGUGUGUGGAUCCCAGUAAUCCUCACUGGAAUGACAGUGAACCUGUUUGCAGAGCGUUGUGUGGAGGGGAGCUGACUGAGCCUUCGGGUGCUAUCCUGUCUCCUGAUUGGCCCCAAAGCUACUCCAAGGGACUAGACUGUGUAUGGCAAAUUCACGGUAAUGAGGAGAAACGUAUUGAACUGGACAUCCAGAUCCUAAAUAUCCGCCAUACUGAUGUGCUAACUGUAUUUGAUGGCCGUGACCUCAUGUCCAAUGUGAUUGGACAAUACCUGGGCUCCAAAGAACGCUUCCAGGUGGUAUCUGCUGGAUCAGAGGUCACCAUUCAAUUUCAAAGUGAUCCAGAUGAUUCCAGUUUCAUCCUGAGUCAAGGAUUCGUCAUUCAUUUUCACGAGGUCGAACCAAAUGACACUUGCCCGACCCUCCCUCAAAUUGAACAUGGCUGGAUCAGCUCGUCCCACUCCUCUCCCAUCAGAGGCAGUGUGCUGACUUACCAGUGUGAACCAGGAUAUGACAUCAGCGGCUCCGACAUCAUUACGUGCCAGUGGGACCUUUCUUGGAGCAGCAACCCCCCUACAUGUGUCAAAGUCCAGCAGUGUCCUGACCCAGGAGAAGUGGUGAAUGGAGCGCGAUCCGUGCGUCCUGAGGCUGGUUUUGCAGUUGGAACUGUUGUCCGUUUCUCUUGUAACCAGGGUUACCAGCUGGAAGGUACCAAUCAGAUCUCCUGUCACGGACGAGACACUGGAACCCCUAAAUGGAGUGAUCGCAGCCCGAAAUGUGUCUUAAAAUAUGACCCAUGCCCAAACCCUGGUGUCCCUGACAAUGGCUACCAAACCUUAUACAAGCACAGUUACCAAGCAGGAGAAACUCUGCGUUUUUUCUGUUAUGAGGGAUACGAACUUAUUGGUGAGGUCAUUAUCACCUGUGUUCCAGGACACCCAUCUCAGUGGAACAGUCCACCGCCCUUUUGCAAAGUUGCAUACGAGGAGCUGUUGGAUGAUCACAAAUUAGAAGUUUCACAGUCAUUUGAGCCAUCCCACCAGAUCCUGAGUGAGAACAUCGCUUUGGCGAUAAUUCUGCCAAUCAUUCUGGUUAUCUUGUUGAUCGGAGGAAUCUACAUGUACUAUACAAAUAUUUGCAGACUAGAAUGGAAGCCUCUGUUCUGGAAGUCUCUCUCACACACACACUCCUAUAGUCCCAUUACCGUUGAGUCAGAUUUCAACAAUCCUCUUUAUGAGGCGGGGGAUACACGGGAGUACGAAGUAUCCAUUUAAAAGAGAAAAUGUCUUGGUGAUAAUCAAGAAAACACAAAAGUAUCCAGUCCUUUUGGAAUACAAGUUCAUUCUUCACACAUGGCCUGUUUUUAAUACAAUAUUUUUGUUUUACAGUCACUCUUUGUUUUAUCAGUUGUGGAAGUGCUUUAUUUUGGAAUUCUUUUGCCCUCAUUUGUUGAUCUGCCAAAUGUAGGUUGAAGGACUGACUUUCUGUAUUAUUAGGACUGGUGCCUUAUGAAAGGAAAGAAAUUAUUG